UUGCAUUACUGCUGAUGUUUUCAGAAAUGUUAGAUUCUUGGGUACUCAAUUUAGAAGGAGAAUAUUAUUACAACCAACCACUAACUGUCUUGUUCAUUUAGUUAGUUCACCCUUCUUAGUUAUAACAAUGGCUGAUAUAGAAAUAGUAAAUUUAGAAAGAAUACAAUAUUGUUUAGAUAAUUUUGAUAUGGUAUUAGUUUUUAAAGAUUAUUCACAACCACCAACACAUACCAAUACUAUUCCAAUAUAUCAAUUAAAAGUUGUAAAAGAAUGGCUAGAUUCAAUAAAAAUUGUAUAUUAUGAAAGAACACCAAAUUUGAAUUGGGCACAAAUAAUGAGAAGUAUUAAUCAAGAUAAUUUAAAUGUGUACGACAUGGAAGAUCAUGGAAAUUCUGCAUGCGGAUCUGAUUGA